AUGAAGCCAGGCUGUGCGGCUGGAUCUCCAGGGAAUGAAUGGAUUUUCCUCAGCACCGAUGAAAGAAACACAGACUAUAGGAAAACAAUGUGCAACUGCGGGCUGCAAAGAUCUGUCAUCCUGUUGGCAUUUAUUCUCCUAAGAGCUGUAACUGGAUUCUCUGGAGAUGGAAGAGCUAUAUGGUCUAAAACUCCUCAUUUUAGUCCGGUAAAUGAAAGUCAGCUCUUUCUCUAUGACACUUUUCCUAAAAACUUUUUCUGGGGCGUUGGGACUGGAGCAUUUCAAGUGGAAGGGAAUUGGAAGACAGAUGGAAAAGGACCCUCUAUAUGGGAUCAUUUCAUCCAAACACACCUUCAAAAUGUCAACAGCACGAAUAGUUCCAGUGACAGUUACAUUUUUCUGGAAAAAGACUUAUCAGCCCUGGAUUUUAUCGGAGUUUCUUUUUAUCAAUUUUCAAUUUCCUGGCCAAGGCUCUUCCCCGAUGGGAUAGCAGCAGUUGCCAACGCAAAAGGUCUCCAGUACUACAAUACUCUUCUCGAUGCUUUAGUAUUUAGAAACAUUGAACCUGUGGUGACUUUAUACCAUUGGGAUUUGCCUCUGGCGCUACAAGAAAAAUAUGGGGGGUGGAAAAAUGAAACCAUAACAGGUAUCUUCAAUGACUAUGCCACCUACUGUUUCCAGAUGUUUGGGGACCGUGUCAAAUAUUGGAUUACAAUUCACAAUCCAUAUCUAAUUGCUUGGCAUGGGUACGGGACAGGUAUGCACGCGCCUGGAGAGAGGGGAGACUUAGCAGCUGUCUACACUGUAGGACACAACCUCAUCAAGGCUCAUUCAAAAGUUUGGCAUAACUACAACACAAAUUUCCGCCCACAUCAGAAGGGUUUGGUGUCAAUCACGUUGGGAUCCCAUUGGAUUGAGCCAAACAGAUCAGAAAACAUGAUGGAUAUACUCAAGUGUCAACAAUCCAUGGUCUCCGUGCUCGGGUGGUUUGCCAGCCCUAUCCACGGGGAUGGAGACUAUCCAGAGGUGAUGAAAAAGAAGUUGCUCUCCAUUCUACCCCUUUUCUCUGAAGCAGAGAAGAAGGACGUGAGGGGCACCGCUGACUUCUUUGCCUUUUCCUUUGGACCCAACAAUUUCAAGCCCCAGAACACCAUGGCUAAAAUGGGACAAAAUGUGUCACUCAACUUAAGAGAAGUGCUGAAUUGGAUUAAGCUGGAAUAUGGCAACCCCCGGAUCUUGAUUGCUGAGAAUGGCUGGUUCACAGACAGUCAUGUGAAAACAGAAGACACUACAGCCAUCUACAUGAUGAAGAAUUUCCUCAACCAGGUUCUUCAAGCUAUAAGGCUGGAUGGAAUACAAGUGUUUGGCUACACUGCCUGGUCCCUCCUGGAUGGCUUUGAAUGGCAGGAUGCUUACACCACUCGCCGAGGAUUAUUUUAUGUGGAUUUGAAUAGCAAGCAAAAAGAAAGAAAGCCCAAGUCUUCGGCACAUUACUAUAAACAGAUCAUCCAGGAAAAUGGUUUUACUUUCAAAGAGUCCACCCCGGAUGUGCGGGGUCAGUUUCCCUGCGACUUCUCGUGGGGCAUCACCGAGUCUGUCCUUAAGCCCAAGGUGGUGGCUUCCUCCCCACAGUUCAGCGACCCUCACCUGUAUGUGUGGAAUGUGACGGGCAACAGACUGCUGCACCUAGUGGAAGGGGUGAGGCUGAAAACACGGCCCGCUCAAUGCACAGACUUUGUCAGCAUCAAGAGACAACUGGAGAUGUUGGCAAGAAUGAAAGUCACUCACUACAGGUUUGCUCUGGACUGGCCCUCAGUCCUCCCCACCGGCAACCUGUCCGUGGUUGACCGACAAGCUCUGAGGUACUAUAGGUGUGUGGUCAGUGAGGGGCUGAAGCUCAACAUCUCCCCAAUGGUCACCUUGUACUAUCCGACGCACGCCCACCUGGGCCUCCCCACGCCCCUGCUGCACGGCGGGGGAUGGCUGAACCCAUCCACAGCCCAGGCCUUCCAGGACUACGCUGGGCUGUGCUUCCAGGAGCUGGGGGACCUGGUGAAGCUCUGGAUCACCAUCAAUGAGCCCAACCGGCUGAGUGACAUCUACAGCCACACCGGAAACGACACCUACCGGGCAGCGCACAACCUGCUGAUCGCCCACGCGCUGGUCUGGCGCCUCUACGACAGGCAGUUCAGGCCCGUGCAGCGCGGGGCCGUGUCGCUGGCUUUGCACUCGGACUGGGCGGAACCCGCCAACCCCUACGCCGACUCGCACUGGCAGGCGGCCGAGCGCCUCCUCCAGUUCGAAAUCGCCUGGUUCGCAGAGCCCCUCUUCAAGACCGGGGACUACCCGUUGGCCAUGCGGGAGUACAUCGCGCUCAAGAACAGGCAGGGGCUCUCGCGCUCCACCCUGCCUCUCUUCACCGAGGAGGAGAGGAGGCUGGUCAAGGGCGCCGCCGACUUCUACGCGCUGAACCACUUCACCACCAGGUUCGUGAUGCACGCGCGCCAGAACGGCAGCCGCUACGACGCCGACAGGGACGUCCAGUUCCUGCAGGACAUCACCCGCCUGAGCUCCCCCAGCCGCCUGGCUGUCCUGCCUUGGGGCGAGCGCAAGGUGCUGAGGUGGAUCCAGAAGAACUAUGGAGACGUGGAUGUUUACAUCACGGCCAGUGGCAUCGAUGACCAGUCUCUGGAAAAUGAUGAACUCAGAAAAUACUACUUAGAGAAAUACAUUCAGGAGGCUUUGAAAGCACACCUAAUUGAUAAAGUCAAAAUCAAAGGCUAUUAUGCAUUCAAACUGACUGAAGAAAAAUCUAAACCCAGAUUUGGAUUCUUCACAUCUGAAUUCAAAGCUAAAUCCUCAGUUCAGCUUUACAACAAACUGAUCGGCAACAGCGGCUUCCCUUCUGAGAACACGAGUCCUAGGUGCAGUCAGACUCAAAGAAACACAGAGUGCAUGGUCUGCUUAUUUCUUGUGCAAAAGAAACCACUGAUAUUCUUUGGUUGUUGCUUCUUCUCCACGCUGGUUCUACUUUUAUCAAUUACCAUUUUUCAUAAGCGAAAGAGAAAAAAAAUUUGGAAAGCAAAGAACUUACAACACAUACCAUUAAAGUAAGGCCACAGAAAGUUCUUAGUGAAACGGAUCCUGUUUCUGUCUGCAUGAUAGAAAGUCUAAAAAUUCACUCCAGUUCCACAUACUGGUAACUUAGAGAAGACAAUCUGAAAUACUAGUGGUAACCAAGGUGAUGACAAUCAAGGUCUCUGCUGUGUGGUCCAAAUGAAUUUUCCGUUAGGUAUUCACAUCACUGAAUUCAGUUCUUGGAUGUGAAGAUAAAGGCUUUACCCAGACAGUAAGCUAUGAGGAUUAUCUGAUACACUGCUUCAAGUUUAAUGAGCUGUUAUCCAUCAUUCUUCUCUAGCUUUCUUCUAUAAAUACCAAUAGCUACUUGUAACAAAUUACUUAGAAAAAAAGUGCAACUUUUGCUAGACUCCACAGCAGAAAUUUAAAACUCUUAACACUGGAUAGUGAUUAUUCUGUCACUUCUAACAAGGUGCUUUUCCCCUUUAGAAAAUACAUAAGUAAUGCUUAUUUAUCAUCAGCUCCAGCAUAGACUCUUAAGCACAUAGAUCCUAGUUUUUCUCAAUAGAAAUAAAAACCAUCACUUAUAAAACAUGGUAUUUUGUGAGGUCCCUCCUUGUAUCAGAUCUGAUUUAAAAACAUAGCUUCCAUAACUCAACUCAUGGAAAGAUCACAGGACUAAGAUUAAGAAGAUCUAGACCCCACUGCCUGUGGAGACAGCAGUCACUCAACCUCACAGUACGGCAAAUUCCUCUUUAGACAAAUUGACAGCAUUCUUCCUCACUUGGAUUAUGAGGCAAGGAUCUUACAUACUUAGGAAAGCUAAAUAUCCUAAAAUGAUGUAGUUUAUUACCAAGUCAUCAGAGGAUAUUAUUCCAUAAGACUUGCUCUCUCCUGUGGAGCUCCACUGUUCUGACACCAGUAUAUAUAGGGACCUCUCACAAAGGUAUAGAAUGCAUCUCGAUCUUGACCUUGCAACUGUGCCUCUUUGGAUACAAUUCACUGUUGAUGGUCUGAAGGAGUUAAAACUUUUGCCAUUGCGUCUUUUGAAGCUGGGAUUCUUAAAUCUGAACUAGGAGGUUAAUUUUUUUGAACUCUUACGCUUAAGAUUCAUUCAAUGUAUUCUAAAUUUUAGAGGAAAAAAACCUGAAUGUAAGCCCAUUCGUACCCAUUCUUUAGGUUAGUCAACAUUUAAAUUCACAUUUCACAUAGUAGGUAAUCACUGUCCAUUCUAUCCAAGAAUUUACUGAGUCAAAGGAAAGGGGUUUUUUUGUUGUUUAAAAAACCUUGGUAGGAAACUACCCUAAAUGAAGUCAAUUGUGAUUGCUUUUCAGGGCUAUAUGUCAGAAGCCAAAUUUUGUAGGUAAUAGAGAUUCUAAUAGGAAGUUUCAAAGAUACUGUAAUGAGAUAACAUAAUUGGUCAAGUAAAUGCAAAAAUGAUGGGUAAUCAGUUUGCUUUUUGGCUGGCCAAAUUCAAACAGUAAUUGUGGUUUUCUAUUCCCUUUGCCCCCACUGUAUCCACUCUCCCAGCUUUGGUAGUUUUUAUAUUAUGCUUUUUAUCUUUUCAAGUAAUUUUUAUUUCCUUUUUGAAAACUCACGUAGUUGGCCUAAGGCUAUCCACAAUUACAACUGGUUGUUUUAAUGUUAACUAUGUGGAAAGACUCAUUUAAAACAACCACUUGGCUGGGUUUUUUUUUCUUUGUGCCACAUGGAUUCACUGACCCCAAAGUUCCAGUGAAUAUUCUUACAGGAAUUUUCAGUUGAACAACUUACCAACUUUUUAACUUCUAAUAUCUAACAUCUUGAAUGCAUAUUCAGUCAUAGGAAUAACAAAGAUUUAGAAUUAAAUUAAGGUUUUGCUUUUCUGGUGUCUAAAUAUUACUUUGUGCUCUGAUUAAAAAGUAUCUUGUAUUCAGUUUACCAUUAACCUUCAAUACAUUAUGCCUUUAUAUUUAGAGCUGAAGUUAAAACUUGUGUGCUUUUUCAAAUUUGUUAACCUUGCCAUCAACUCCCCCAAAUAGUCAAGUCCCAAAACAAUGCUUACAGUCCUUUCUAACACCUGGGAACCAUGUUUUUAAGCCAUCAUCAUAUAAGAAUCCUUAGGUAAAUAAUAUAAAUCAUGAUCAAUUAUACUUACUAUUCAGGUUUAUCCUAAACUCAUUUAAAAAUUAUGUCAUUUUAAACUGAUAGCUUUUGACAGGAUAAUAUUUUCAGAAUUUAGGCCUGGGACUUGCUUGGGGGGGGGGAGCGGGGGGAGACCUCUUAAAACCUAGUUAACUUGUGUUCUAUUUUGUGUAUGGUAUUAGUUUGUAUAUUCAAUGUAACAACCCUGUCUUUGACUAACAAGUCUGGUACAUACAGAAAAUAUUACAACGUAACCAUGGUGUUUAAAGAUCCUCUGUAAUAUUAGGUGGUCAGUACAUUUUGACUAAUUGUUGAAUUCUCAAUGUAAUUUAUUCCAAAUAAACUGGGUUUAUGCCAAUUUA